AUGACUGAAUACGAUUUAACCGCGAAAUUGGGUCGUUAUUUCGAUCGUCAUCUCGUUUUUCCGUUAUUAGAAUUUUUGACUGAACGAAACAUCUUCGAUGAGAGAGAAAUCUUGCAAGCCAAAUAUGAUCUGUUACAAAACACAACUAUGGUUGACUUUCAAUUGGAUAUCUACAAUAAACUUCAUUCGGAAGGAGAAGAACCAAAAGAAUUGAUUGGAAAACGUGAAGAAAUUGUCUCUCAAUUUACUGAACUUUCACAAGCCGUUCAACCAUUAAUGGAUGCUGUUGUAACCGAAGAUGCAGCUCGUUUAAUUGAACAUCAACGCAAUAGCGAUUCAAUGCUCACGUUAAAUUUCUUGCAGAAGAAUUUCGGUAUUGAACGAAGUAUGGUGGAUGCUUUGUACACGUUUGCUCGUUACGUCUACGAUUGCGGUGAUUAUUCUCGUGCAGCUACUAACCUAGGUCUUUACCGCGCGCUUGUGCCCAACAGUGACAAGAACAUGAUGUCCUGUCUGUGGGGUAAACUAGCCUCGGAGAUCUUAAUGCAACGUUGGGAUGACGCCUACGAUGAUUUAAAUCAGUUGAAAGAAGCCAUUGAAACGAGCAGUUCACGUUCACCAUUAGAUCUCUUACAUCAACGUACAUGGUUCAUUCAUUGGUCAUUAUUCGUCUAUUUCAAUCAUCCUCGAGGACGUGAUGAUCUUGUUCAAUUAUUUCUCGGUUCACCAACGUCAACAACAAAUCAAACCAAUGUCUAUUUGAACACAUUACAAACGGCAUCACCGCAUCUCUUACGUUACUUGGCAGCAGCUGUUAUUAUCAAUCCACGAAAGAAAAAUGAACGCACAUUGAAGGAGCUCGUUAAAGUCAUUCAACAGGAGUCAUAUGCAUUCCGGGAUCCUAUUACCGAGUUUCUCGAGUGUCUCUACGUUCAUUUCGAUUUCGAUGGAGCACAGAAGAAGUUACGCGAUUGUACCACUGUGCUCGAUAACGAUUUCUUUCUCAUCGGUUGUGCUGAUGAAUUCAUGGAAAAUGCCCGUUUGUUAAUCUUCGAAACAUUCUGUCGCAUUCAUCAUUGUAUCACCAUCGAUAUGUUGGCAGAAAAAUUGAACAUGGGAGCUGAUGAAGCCGAACGUUGGAUUGUCAAUUUGAUUCGUAAUGCAAGUUUAGAUGCGAAGAUUGAUUCACAGAAAGGUGUGGUUGUCAUGGGUUCACAAGUCUUAUCACCCUAUCAAGCGGUCAUCGAAAAAACGAAGAAUCUGUUCAACCGAACGCAGAUGUUAGCGCACAACAGCGAAAAGCGACGAGAUACAAACGCUAAUUGGAGUCAUUAUCAAACUCAACAAUCACAAACAAAUAGUACACUUGCUCCAGUAGUUGAAUGA